GUCAAUGUCAAAUAAAAAAAAAGUUAAAGUGAAGGAGGUGAACAAGCGGUUUUGAGUUAAUUCUAUUUUGUUAGAUUUUGUCGAACUAUAUCAAAAAAUAAGAAAUGUCGGCUCGUUACGAUAGAGCUAUUACUGUAUUUUCUCCAGAUGGACAUUUACUACAAGUAGAAUAUGCCCAAGAAGCCGUUCGCAAGGGAUCUACAGCAGUUGGUGUAAGAGGUGCCGAUGUCGUUGUUUUGGGUGUUGAAAAAAAGUCUGUUGCAAAAUUGCAAGAAGAGAGAACUGUCCGAAAAAUAUGUCUACUUGACGAUCAUGUCGUGAUGGCAUUCGCCGGUUUAACAGCCGACGCUCGUAUCUUGAUAAACAGGGCCCAGAUUGAGUGCCAGUCUCAUAAGCUGACGGUAGAAGAUCCUGUUACUUUAGAGUACAUAACAAGAUAUAUUGCCAGUCUCAAACAAAAGUACACUCAAAGUAAUGGUCGACGUCCCUUUGGCAUCUCAUGUCUUAUUGGAGGGUUUGAUUAUGAUGGUUUGCCACACUUGUUCCAAACUGAACCAUCUGGCAUUUAUUAUGAGUGGAAAGCCAAUGCUACUGGUAGAUCUGCCAAGACGGUCCGUGAAUUUUUGGAGAAGAAUUACACUGCUGAAGAGGUUGCCAAUGAAAAGGGUGCUGUAAAGCUUGCUAUUCGUGCCCUGCUAGAAGUAGUCCAAUCAGGACAGAAGAACCUUGAGAUUGCAGUAAUGCGACGUGGGCAGCCCAUGCAAAUGCUUGAUGCUGACACAAUCAACUCUUAUGUCUCUGUAAUUGAGAAGGAAAAAGAAGAGGAGGCUGAGAAGAAGAAACAGAAAAAAUAAUAGUAUUGUGUAUUAUAUUUUAUUUCUACACUUAAAUAACAUGGCAUAAGGAAUACAUUUUUUUAAAUAAUA